CCGUUGACGAGUUUCACGGCGAGCGCGAAAACGCCGUCGCCGGCCGCCAACGACCACGACCGAAUGGCAGUAUCGUGUCGUAUCGCCGCCACCUCGCUCUAUCUACGGUUUCGCCUUGUCAAUCGGUACCGUCGUGCGACCGCCGUUUUCGUCGGCCGACUACCGCGAAAACACGACGGAAUCGGAACGGGCCGCCACCAUUACCAUCGAGACAUGAAUGCAGCGGCUGCAGAGGCAUCGGCAGAGACAGUUGCAAAGAUGAGGUCGACAACUGCGGAUGAUGAUAGCGGUUGUAGCGUGAAAGCGACAGACCUAUGGGUGGAUGUUAACGGCGUGGCCACUCGAGUGCUUUGUUGGGGCCAGCCGAUCGACGAGGACAAUAAACAUGAAUUAAAGCGAGUAGUGUUGUGCGUGUGCGGUAACCCAGGAAUAGCAGAGUUCUAUGAAAAAUUUCUGCAGGAAGUCUAUCGGACCCUCAACGUUCCUGUCUGGGUAUUAUCACAUGCAGGCCAUGAAGUUCCGCCGUCAAAUUUGGGACUUAUAAUCCCUGACCCUAAAAAGUAUCCUGAUCUAUACACUCUAAAGGGACAAGUAGAACAUAAAUUACGAUUUAUCGAGAAAUAUGUGCCAGAUAAUUGUGAUCUAUAUUUAGUGGGUCAUUCAAUCGGGUCGAAAAUUAUAUCAGAAUUGCUAAAGGACAGUGUAAUGGCCCAGAGAUUGUCUGUUAAACGUUCAAUAUUCCUGUUUCCCACUCUACAAAAAAUGCGUGAGACGCCAAACGGACGUAAACUUAUAUUUACUGCAUCACAUUUUCUAUCCAUCACAAUAUUUUUAUCUUGGAUAUUUACUACAUUUCCGGCUUUCAUACAAAAAUUUUUGGUAAAUAUAACACUAAUAAUCAUGGAAGGAGGACAUGUCGAUGACCAUGUUAUCAGGUCAGCCGUACGUUUAGUUCAUCCAAUGGUGUUACGCAAUGUAUUUUCAAUGGCAGUAGAUGAAAUGGAUAAAGUAUACGAUUUGGACUCCAAGCCGUUGAAGGACAACGCAAAGAGAUUGCACAUGUACUUUGGCAAGACCGACGGUUGGUGUCCGACGUCGUUUUAUGACGACAUCAGCAAGUGCGUGCCGGAAGCAGAUGCUGUGCUGUGCGACAAAGGCUACCAACACGCGUACGUAAUCGGUUAUUCCGAUGAGAUGGCCGGCAUCGUGUGCGACUGGCUCCAACCCGACCUACGAAACACUAAAUCACAGUGAUAUCGGACGUCGUUCGCAUCAUAUGUGCCUUUCGCGUUUGAAAACGAUUUUUUUUUUAUAAAUUAUGGUGUUUUUUUUUAUCGACUAUCGUUUUACAAGUACUUUUUUGUACUUACUUGUGAUACCCUUUAACUUCAAAACGUCUCACCUCAUCACGAACUAAGAAAUUAAAUCACAAGCCAUUAUAAUAUAUAGUUUAAAAUAAUAACUGUAUAAUGUAAUAUAUGACUGCAAAAAUGAUGUUAUCUGUAGUGCAGUUGUCAAUUGGUA